AUGAGCCCGACGUCCGCAUCACAGAGGACUGCCAACUCGUGCGCCUUCUUGAAAAGACCCCUUCGCCGCUUGGAGAAGGUCACUUGUCUCGCAGCGAUGUUCUCUAUCUUCCUUAUCUUAAUCUUCUCCCUCGUCAUCCCGGACUCCCUUCCUCCAACACAGCGCCUGUGGAUUAGAAGAGAGAAUGAUUGUCCCAAGAAUUUAUCAGGAAGGAUCAGGAAAGGGGAGCGAACGAGAACAACGCACAAGAAGAGAGAAUAA